GGAGAGCCCUGCGCGCGCUGCAAGAAUGGAACGUUGCUAGAGUGCGCGGGUCUGGCUGCUGGGGGCUGGAACCGCACGCUGGGAGCUGUCGCGCGCCAAAGCGGGAAUCUGGGAGGCGGGCAGUUGUGCAAUUAAUGCAGGUAUUUAAAACUCCCGAACCUGUGGACGCCAUGCACAGGAAGCACCUCCAGGAGAUUCCGGACCAGAGUAGCAACGUUACCACCAGCUUCACGUGGGGAUGGGAUUCUAGCAAGACUUCUGAACUGCUGUCAGGCAUGGGGGUCUCCGCCCUAGAGAAGGAGGAGGUGGACAGUGAGAACAUCCCCCAGGAACUGCUCUCUAACCUGGGCCACCCUCAGAGCCCCACACGGAAACGGCUGAAAAGCAAAGGGAGUGACAAAGACUUUGUGAUCAUUCGCAGGCCUAAACUCAAUCGAGAGAACUUCCCCGGUGUUUCGUGGGACUCCCUCCCAGAUGAGCUGCUCCUGGGGAUCUUCUCUUGUCUUUGCCUCCCCGAUCUGCUGAAAGUCUCCGGUGUUUGUAAGAGGUGGUACUGCCUCGCGUUUGAUGAAUCUCUCUGGCAAACCCUGGACCUCACAGGUAAAAAUCUGCACCCAGAUGUGAUUGUUCGUCUGCUGUCUCGAGGCGUGGUGGCCUUCCGCUGCCCCCGAUCAUUUGUGGACCAACCCUUGGUUGAACAUUGCAGCCCUUUUCGUGUCCAGCACUUGGAUCUGUCUAACUCAGUUAUAAACGUAUCUACCCUCCAUGGCAUUCUCUCUCAGUGCUCCAAGUUGCAGAAUCUAAGCCUGGAAGGCCUACAGCUUUCUGAUCCCAUUGUCAAUAAUCUUGCGCAGAACUCAAAUUUAGUACGACUCAACCUUUGUGGGUGUUCUGGAUUUUCUGAGUCUGCCCUGAAGACUCUGCUAAGCAGCUGUUCCAGACUGGAUGAGCUGAACCUCUCCUGGUGCUAUGAGUUCACUGAAAAGCACGUGCAGGUGGCUGUUGCACAUGUGUCAGAGACCAUCACCCAGCUGAAUCUUAGUGGCUACCGAAAGAAUCUUCAGAAAUCAGAUGUCUCUACUUUAGUUAGAAGAUGCCCCAACCUUGUCCAUCUGGACUUAAGUGACAGUGUCAUGCUAAAGCAUGACUGCUUUCCAGAAUUUCUCCAGCUCAGCUACCUCCAACACCUGUCACUCAGUCGGUGCUAUGAUAUAAUUCCUGAAACUCUACUUGAACUUGGAGAAAUUCCCACACUAAAAACACUACAAGUUUUUGGAAUCGUGCCAGAUGGUACCCUUCAACUGUUACGGGAAGCCCUUCCUCAUCUGCAAAUUAAUUGCUCCUAUUUCACCACCAUUGCCAGGCCAACUGUCGGAAACAAAAAGAACCAGGAGAUAUGGGGCAUCAGGUGCCGACUGACACUGCAAAAGCCCAGCUGUCUAUGAAAUUAUUUCUUGUAGGAUGGUGUCUCCUCUUCCUUUGGAAUGGGGAAAGUAGGCAGGAAGCCCAAUUACUGAGCACUGGGCUAGUUUUUAUUAUUCGUUUUCCCUUAACCUUUAUCCUGCAAGUAAAUUAGGAAACCAUUUUCAGGGGAAAACAAUGAAGUGUUGCCUUUUUUUAAAUAACUAUAAAAGUUUCUAUCAAUGCUAUGCCCUUAAGAACCUAAGUUGUAGGCCAUCAGAAAUUUUAGGAGUUUGAGCCUAUGAUUUCAAUUUACUUUUUUACAUAGCAAAAUUUGUGCCAUUUUCUCCAAGUGCCCUUUGGAUUAAGUCUUAUUUAGAAUCAAGCUUAAAAAAUGACUUACGGCUAAUGAUUUUUAUAGCCUUUGUGAUAACUUUUUUAUCUAUUUAAUUUUUCAGUAUUGUUUAAUAAGACAUAGUUUGGAAGAACAAUAAGCUAUGUGUAGGGUGAGCUUAACAGAAAGAGUCAUAAGAUAGUAGCAUUUAAGGUAUCUGGGAAUUUAAAAAAACAUUUCAUUUCUAUCUUAAGAUUUGGAAUUAGCUUAACAGAAACAUAUCCCCACAUCUUAAACCCUCAAACAAAUUAAACAUAUGGCCAGAGGUAUAGAGUUGGUAUAGGAUGUGAAGGCUCAAGAAGUAAUUUUCUAUGCCAGGUUAAUCAGAAGUAUCCUUUAAUAUCACUAAGGUACUGUGUUCCUGAAAUAUAAUUGUGGUUUCUAAUUUUAUAAUCAAAUUAUGUUAACAUGAGUUGUUUAGCUUUUAAAUGAGUUGCUUUGUUUUUGGAAGGUGGUAUUAACCUAUUCAGUCUCUAUUCUUGAAAAAUUGGAAGAGUUCUGAACUGAUACCGCCUGCUGUUUUCCUUUAGUGCUAAGUUUAUUUGUAUAUUACUCUGGAAUCAAGUAUUUUAAAUUGCCUUUUUUAAAUAUGGUCUUUUGCAAUAAUUGUUUGAAACUACCCACUUUAUAGGGUUAUUGAUCUUAAGAAUUGCUUGUUCCGGUAAAUCAGAAGUACACACUAGAAGCAAGUGUAUUUUCCAUGCAGUUUCAGGACAGUCUGCACUGGCACCUAUGUAAGAGUUAGUACUCAGGUGUUGAACCUUUUAGUAAUAUGAGUGGGUUUGUUUUUUAAAAAACCUCUCUCAUCAAGACAAAAAGAUCAAGCUCUGCUUUUUAAAAAUCACAAAAACACUAGUUUUAAGUCAGUGACCUCCCCAUAUGUGCAAAAUGUAACAAAAAAGCCAAAAUCCAUCAUUUUUCUAUUAACUGGUUUUAUUUUAAUCAAAGAUUUUAAAUGUUAAAAACAGUAGCAUGAAGUGCCCUUAUCUGCUCAGACCUAAGGAAGAAAAUUUUAAAGUAGUGUUACACAAGGAGAUGAUUAUGUGUCUAUUUCUUAUUAGCUAAAAAAGUGCUAAAUACUACUUGAAAUUAUUGUUUACAGAUUAGUGACAAGGGCUGGUGGUAGGAUCCGGUUGGACUUACUUCCGGAUGCCCUCAAACAUACAGUGCCUGUACUUCCAAACUCAAGUCCAGCCAUAAGCUAUUUUGCCAACAUGUCGGAGUAAUCUGUAUU